AUGUGUAUCGAUAUCCUUCCUCACUACAAAACAUGCAAGCACAACGCUACUUCCGACCCUCUCCUAGCCUUUAUCGAUCGGCAUGAAUGCCUACACAAGGACUGUGAGAGCCCGCCUAAAAGGGUUGAGGUUCAUGAUGGCAGAUGCCCUUCCUGCCUCGGAGACCAUGCCAUAGAGGCUCGUCCCGUUAUCGUGGGAUUGUUCAAGCACUGCUGGCAGUCCGAGAUCUGCGGUCACGAAUGGGGCCAUGCCAAUGUUGUAGGCCUCGAGCGGUACGAUACAGACCCCGAGUUCGUCCUAGUUACACCAGAAAAAUAUAAUAUUUGUCCCGACUGCAACGGAAUGGGCUAUGAUAUGCGAUUCGCAGGAACGGACCGUCCUCCCAAGACAAGCUCAACGAUGCCACUGGAUUAUGAAGGGUUGACUCGCAUUCCCAUUGACGCGAUUGGUUCAACCUGUCCAGACAUUACACCAACCUCAAUGCCUGGAUUGAAUCGAGCCAUGCCAGGUAUAUACAAACCCCCGACAAGGCAUACUUCUGGAGGCAGCGGAAUACGUGCUGCAUCUAGCCAUCUAGCUGCGGCUCCUCCGUAUACCACAUCUGCUUGGGGCCGUCCACAGAUGUCAUCACCAAGCUCCGCAAGGCCUGAAAGCUCCGAAAUGCACUCUGCAUCCAUCAAGCCCACAUCCUAUAGGCAGCGAAUGGUAGAACCAGACCUGUUAAACCAAGUUGUCACGAAAGAUGCCACUCCUAAGGACAUUUAUGGCAAGGUGAAUGGCGAAGAAGCCAUCAGUCGUCUCCGUACGGUAUCCACUCUGCGUUUAUCUCACCCUGAAAUAUCCCAUUCCGAGUCGAUAACUGCAGCUCCUCCGGCUGAUAUGCAUUCCCAUGGCCUCGACGGGAAAUUGACGGGUGUGGUGCUGCGAGAUGGAUAUCCGCGGGCUUUUCGUUCUUCGGAUGGCAGUAGUGCUCUAGGUCUUUCUCAGAUUCCGUCACUUAGGUCGCAAGCUCAUGAAAGUAUACCUUUCUCAAGUUGCCAGGCCGUACAUAUCAGUAACAGAACAGUGGAAAGUCCAAGGGGGGUUCCCAGCAGAGUCACUCCAGGACAUCAGGGUCCGAUAGUACCAGUCGCCAAGGUCUCCAAAUUACCAAGGGAUUACCCCGUAGGAGUCUCAAGUACCAUCCACGAGGAAUAG